AUGAGGGUUCAAUGGUUGGCUGCUCUUCUUGGCGUUCUAGCAAGCAAAGAUUUUGCCUCGCAGGUGCUCGCUGAUGUGCCUGCAUAUGUCAACGACUAUGGCUAUGAUCGGGAGGCGCACGGCAUUCAUCCCGUCCAGGUGUACAAGUCGACGGACGUUGUCGUUCCGCAUCUCAACCUCCUGCAGCGUGACACGGCAUGCGAAAGCUCGCUUUACACAUUAAUGACGCCAAGGGGGCAAGCUACGCGAGAGGCGCAAGCGACCAUCCUAGAUCACAACGGCCACCUGAUAUGGACGACCAGAUGGCAUGACCAGCAACUCUACAACCUGAUGGUCCAGGAAUAUAGAGGCGACAACUACCUGACCUUCUGGGCGGGAAACGAUGCCGUCGGGGGUCAUGGCGCGGGCUUCUAUUAUAUGCUCGACAAGUUUUACAACGAGUUCAAGAAAGUUGGCGCGGCGAACGGCCUCGACGGUGACCUGCACGAUUUCCGGAUAACCCAGGAUGGAACCGCCCUUAUCACCGUGUACCAAAUCGUACCCGUGGAUCUUACCAUUGUCGGAAAGGCUGCCGAUGGUCCCGUCUGGGACUGUCUGAUCCAGGAGAUCGACCUCGAGACUGGAGAGGCCAUUUUCGAAUGGCGUGCACUCGACCACUACAAUGUGACGGACAGCUACCGAGAUGUGGGCGGCGACGGCGAGGGCGACAGGGCGUGGGAUUUUUUUCACAUGAACAGCAUCGACAAGGACUCCAAAGGGAACUACCUGGCCUCGGCUCGUUAUACCCACAGCCUCACCUACAUCAACGGCAGCACGGGUGAAAUCAUCUGGAUUCUCGGCGGCAAGAGGAACAUGUUCAAUGAUUUAUCUGGCGGUUCGGCCACCGACUUCGCCUAUCAGCACGAUGCACGUUGGUCCGAUAACGAGACGACCAUCACCAUGUUCGACAACGGAGUGGACGAUUUCCAUCCGACAAUCGCGACCACUCGAGGUCUCAGGGUUCGGCUGGACGAAGAAGCCAUGACGGUGGCUCUAGCUGCGCAGUACAUCAACCCGCAAAAUAUCCACGGAAUCUCCCAGGGAUCCUGCCAAACGCUGCCGAACGGCAAUACUAUCUUAGGCUACGGCAAUACGGCCGCUUUCACCGAGUUCGCACAUGACGGCACCGUCCUCUGCGAUACGCACUUCGCGCCCCAGAGCGGCUUUGGCAAAGGCGCCGUUCAGUCCUAUCGAGUCUACAAAUACGACUGGGUAGGCUGGCCAGCCGAGCCGCCGGCGGCAGUCAUCGCGCAGGACAGCACGGAUGACUGGGCCUUCUACGUGAGUUGGAACGGCGCGACCGAGGUGUCGACAUGGCUGCUUCAGGGAUCCGAAAAGUCCAACGGCACCGACCACGACUGGGUGGAUCUCGACACGGUAUACAAGGAGGAGUUCGAGACGGAAUUCACGCUGAGGAAAUGGUACCCGACGUACUUGCGCGCCGUUGCAAAAGACUCGACGGGUAUCGUGCUGGGGUCUACUGACCCGCUGGAUUUCAACUCAACCAACAGGUUAUGGAAACCUCAAACCCUGCGUGUGGAGGAAGACGAGGACUUUGCAAUACGGACUUUGGUCAUUUUCUGCGGGGUACUCAGUUUAGGGAUGUUGCUACAAAUUGCUCGUUCAGCAUGGCAUUCAUAG